AUGUUUGGGUCCAGAUGGUUAGAGACUGGUUUGUGCUCCGUUGAUCCAGGAACAUGAGCAGCUUCGUGACUCUCAGUACCGGGCAGCGGAUGCCUACAGUGGGACUCGGUACAUGGAAGAGUGGCCCUGGACAGGUGAAACAGGCAGUUCUGGCCGCUCUGGACUGUGGCUACAGGCACAUCGACUGUGCUGCUGUUUACGGCAAUGAAGAGGAGGUGGGAGAAGCCCUGGCUCUCAGGGUUGGUGCCGGCAAGGACGUACGACGUGAUGAAAUCUUUGUGACGUCCAAACUGUGGAACACCAAGCACGAGCCUGAGGAUGUGGAGGAGGCAUGCAGGAGCAGCCUCGCUCACCUGGGCCUCGCCUACCUGGACCUGUACCUGAUGCACUGGCCCAUGGCCUUCAGGCGAGGGAAGGAGUUGAUGCCAAGACGAGAGGAUGGGAGCAUACGCUACUCUCAUACGCACUACCGAGACACCUGGAUCGCCAUGGAGACCCUGGUGGACAAGGGCCUGGUCAAGGCAAUAGGACUGUCAAACUUCAAUGCCAGACAGACCGAUGACAUCCUCAGCAUUGCCAGACACAAACCAGUGGUGAACCAGGUGGAAUGUCAUCCCUAUCUGUCCCAGACUGACCUGCUGGCUCACUGUCGGUCCGUGGGAGUCUGUGUGACGGCCUACAGUCCUCUGGGCAGCGGGGACAGACCUUGGGCAUCCUCCGAAGAGCCUCGGCUGCUGGAUGACCCUAGACUGGCAGCUAUUGCCCAGAGAAAUGGGAAGACCUCUGCCCAGGUCAUACUCAGGUGGCACCUUCAGAGGGGGGUGGUGUGUAUCCCGAAGAGUGUAACAGCAUCCAGGAUCCAACAGAAUCUGCAGCUGUUUGACUUUUCUUUGUCAAACCAAGACAUGAAACUGAUCGACUCCAUUGACCAAAACCAUCGGUUCAUCGUCCCGACGAUCCAGAGAGGCGGAGAGACAGUGUGGAGGGACGCAGAACAUCCCCACUUCCCAUUCCAUGAUCCCUACUGAGUGGAGGAGAGUGUCCUGCUGCUCCAGAGUUUCCAUAGUUUGAUUCCAAAUGAAACAAUUUUCUAGUUGUACUCAAUAUGAUCAUUAGCUUGAAAAUUCUACUGCCACUCUGAGUAGCGGGAAAUAACAGGAUGAAUAAAACAAGAUCUA